UGUUUUUUUUUCCCCCCGAGCGUCGUAAUAAAUUGAAAGUGCGCGUUGGUCCAUGUUUCAGUCGGCGUCAACAUGGCUCCGAUCAAGGACUUGAACCUGUCGUAUGAGGCGCUGAACGAGCGCGGCACCUUCUCGGCGGGCGACACGCUCGCCGGCACGCUCAGUUUCACUUUGACCAAAGAGACCAAAAUCAAGAGCCUGUUCGUGAAAGCGAAGGGGGAGGCGCGCGUGCACUGGACCGAAGGAAGCGGAGACGACGAGACGUCGUACAGUGCGCACCGGAGAUAUUUCAAGCUCAAAGAGCUUCUGAUUGAGGAAAACGCAAAAGGCACCGUGCUUUCCCAAGGGAUCCACCGGUUUAAGUUCAGGUUUAAGAUCCCUGAAGGGCACCUGCCGCCGUCUUUCCGUGGGCUUCAUGGAUGGAUUGCCUACACACUUGAAGCAAAGGUGUCCAGGAGCUGGCGAUGGCCCUCCAGAGUAAAGCAAGAGAUCGAUUUUGUUUCAAAGUCCAUUCCACAACAUGACAACGUGAUGUGUCCACAAUCUGGUUCAGUGAGUAAAGAGACGGGCGUUUUCUCCAAAGGACAAAUCCAACUUUCUGCUACUGUUGACAGGAGAUUUUGUUCUCCAGGUGAUACGUUAUCUGCCGUCGCCAAAAUCUGUAACUCCUCCUCCAAAACGAUGAGGCCCAAAUUCAACCUGCAGCAGGUGACGGUGUACCGGGCCGGCAGCGCCACCAACUCUUCUACCAAAAGUCUAUGCAAAGCUGUCGGGGAAACUAUCGCGUCGAACUCGGAGGAAAGCGUCUCCUGCCAGCUGCAGCUUCCUGUCGAUGCCGUCCACACCCUCUAUAGCUGUGAAAUCAUCUCCAUUGACUACUACCUCAAGGUGUAUUUGGACAUCAGUUUUGCCAUCGACCCAGAAGUGGUCUUUCCGCUCAUCGUCAUUCCGUCGUACCUUCUGAGGCCCCCGUAUCCCGGAGGGGCCGCCGGGGGCCCGAGUUGCAGUGACUUCCCUGCUGAACCUUACCCUGCACACGGGGGUCCCGGGGCUUAUGGAUACCAAGCACCAGGGAUUUACCCACAGAUGGACAGCGGUGGCCGUAGCAGUCAGUGGCCACAGCAGGCUAAUCCCAACAGCUUUCCGCCCGCAGCUUUCACACCGCCUUCACUCCUGGGUCCGUCCUCUGCUGCUCCACCUCCGUUUCAGCAGGGAGGAGAACCUCCAUCUUAUACAUCCCUUUUCCCCCAUUCUUGAUAAAAUCUCACCAGCAGCAGAUCAUACGAUAGAAGCUGAGUGUAAGUGCCUGAUUGCUGUGCAGUUUGAGCUACAAUAUUUAUACCAAAGUAAACAUUCUCUGUUUACAAAUAAAUAAAUCUCACAUAUGAUUUUAAUCAACUUGUUUGUGUAUUCACAAGACUGUUGUGUGUCCUGUGACUGAACUAGUUUUCAUAUAUCGUUUAUGCAAACUUGACCAUGGUGGCAACCAGAGGAUACUGUUUUGAAUGUAUUGUAAAACACAAUAAAAGCACAAAUACUGUA